CUCCAUGUUAAAUCCUCCAUGAGGCCUCGAACUGCAGUUUGUCUGCUGGUACGACCCUGGCAACACCUCAUUCACAAGUACUCGACCCCUCCAUCCGAUUUCGGUGCUCGAAGAAACCUCCAUCGUAUAAUGGAAAAAGGAGCAAAGAUACAACCCGCCAAGAGGGUUGCAGGCAAGAGACAAGAUGUAUGGACGAUUGUCAACGAAGCUGCCGCGGCAUCUCCAAAGCAACCCAUUGUCAACAUGGGCCAAGGGUUUUUUGGCUAUAACCCUCCACCUUUCAUCAUAAAUGCUGCAAAGCAGGCUCUUGACAAGGUUGAUUGCAAUCAAUACUCGCCGACAAAGGGAAGACCGCGUCUAAAGAAAGCCAUUGCGGAUGCUUAUUCGCCAUUAUGGGGACGCAAACUGAAUCCAGACACCGAGGUAACGAUUACAACAGGAGCGAAUGAGGGCAUGUUGAGUGCAUUCAUGGGUUUCAUCGAAGAAGGUGACGAGGUGAUCAUAUUUGAGCCUUUCUUUGAUCAGUACAUCAGCAAUAUCGAGAUGCCGGGUGGCAAGAUUGUUUAUGUUCCGCUUCACCCGCCACCUCAAGGAGCCACAGAAAACACAUCAGCUGCCGAAUGGACCAUCGACUUUGAGGAACUGGAAAGAGCAAUUACAAAUCGGACAAAGAUGAUUGUCAUCAACACUCCUCACAAUCCUAUUGGCAAGGUAUUUUCAAGAGACGAGCUACUCAAUAUUGCCAACCUCUGCAUCAAGAACAAUAUCAUCAUUCUUUCCGAUGAAGUUUACGAUCGACUCUACUAUGUCCCUUUUACCAGGGUAGCCACAUUGUCUCCUGAGAUCGAGAGACUUACCUUGACCGUGGGGUCAGCCGGGAAGAACUUCUAUGCUACAGGAUGGCGCGUUGGAUGGCUCAUUGGCCCCCCGGAUCUCAUCACUUACGUUGCGGGUGCACACACUCGAAUCUGUUAUACUACUGUCUCACCUCUCCAAGAGGCUGCAGCCGUGGGAUUCGAGCAAGCCGAUGCUGAGAACUUCUGGGAGACAACAAAAACAGAAAUGAAGGGGAAGAUGGACUCGUUUAACGAAAUAUGGAAAGAGCUUGAUUUGCCAUUCUCUGAUCCCGAGGGUGGCUACUUUGUGCUUGUCAAUAUGAAGAAAGUCAAGAUACCGGCAGAUUAUCCAUUCCCAGAUCAUGUCAAGGACAGACCUCGAGAUUUCAAACUCAGCUGGUUCUUGAUACAGGAAGUUGGCGUGGCAGCUAUUCCACCGACAGAGUUCUACACCGAUGCAAACGCUCAUAUUGGAGAAGACUGGUUGCGAUUCGCAGUCUGUAAAGAGGACGAUGUUCUAGAGCAGGCAAAAGAGCGUCUUCGGGAUUUGAAGGAAUACAUAGAAUAGGCCUCAAGGUACAUUCAUAGGUGGUGGCUGAGCAUGGCAAUGUCGCCGUUGAUUCAUAGAACUAUCUUAGAGUUUCCUAACUGGGAGAUGGUAGAAUAGAGCAUUUUACAAGAUUCAACCAUUUUUGC